AGAAAAGAGGCUUGGUCUCUCAAGUCAAAGACACACCCAAAUAUGGCCACGUCUAUCUUUCUUAAAUCACAGCCUCAAAAAAUAUCCUCCUCACUCCCCUUAUAAAAUCCUACCAUUUCCAAUGCCCCCAAAAUUUAUUUUUUCUUUUCAAUAAUAUAAAUAAUAGUCGUAAAGUAAAAAGGGAAUCAGUUCGUUUGGCUUCGCCUUCUUUUACCCCUCCUGCCUUAAACCAUACAUAAACCCCUUUCUAUUUCUUCAAAGAGAAAUUUUGAAUUUUCUUUUUCUUUUAGAGGUAGAGAAAAGAGAGAUGAGGAUUCAGUGCAACGUAUGCGAGGCGGCGGAGGCCAAGGUGCUGUGCUGCGCGGAUGAGGCGGCGCUGUGUUGGGCGUGCGACGAGAAAAUCCAUGCUGCCAAUAAGUUGGCUAGCAAGCACCAGCGUGUCCCGCUCUCUUCGUCUUCUUCACAGAUGCCUAAAUGUGACAUUUGUCAGGAAGCAUCUGGGUUUUUCUUUUGUUUGCAAGAUCGAGCUUUACUCUGUCGAAAGUGCGAUGUUGCUAUACAUACAGCAAAUCCUUACGUGUCUAGUCAUCAGAGAUUUCUUCUUACUGGAGUAAAAGUUGGUCUUGAAACAACUGACCCUGGUGCAUCUUCUUCCAAUGUCAAAUCUCCUUCUAGUGAAAAGACUUCAGAAACUAAAACUAAUUCUACAUCUAGAAGGGCGGCUCCUAUGGCAUUCACUGGUGGAUACAAUGAGGUUCUACCAUCAAAUCUUGGAGAUGUGAACAAUGAGCUGAUGAAAGUAACAUACGCUGGAGGUUCUACAGCUGGAAGCAUUCAGUCAUGGCAAAUGGAUGAUAUAUUUGGGUUAACUGACUUUAAUCAAAGCUAUGGUUACAUGGAUGAUGGGUCAUCUAAGGCUGAUAGUGGCAAGCGUGGAGAUUCUGACAGCUCAUCAAUCUUGAGAUCUGCUGAUGACGAGGUAGAUGAUGAUGAGCGCUUGGGUCAGGUGCCAGACUCCUCAUGGGCUGUACCACAAGUGCCUUCACCUCCAACAGCCUCAGGGCUGUAUUGGCCAAAAGAUUCUCGCGAUCAAUGUGAUAGCGUGGUUUUUGUUCCCGACAUAUCCUGCUCAGUUAUGAAAAACCCCUUCAAUUCACGGCGUAUUGGCUCCGACCGAAAACGCCGGCGACACAUUUAGAAUCAUCCGCUGAAGUUUAAAAUGCACAAGUUAGCCUUCGCACGGUUUCGGAUCCACCUUCUCAGGAGUGCUUUUAGCCUAUUAUAUUAAGUAGGUCAUCAUCUUUCCAAGUACUGGCUUGAGCUACUUGCUUCCAGUUUAGGCUAAGCCACUUUUCCUCUUAUGUACAAUCAUUUUCAUUCUGCAGUUGAUAUUUUGGUUGAUAACGUAAAAACCAGAAUAAAAAGGGUCACCAGAUGAAAAAAGCUUGUUUAUGAAAGGAGUUAGUGUCGUUUCUAUUAACAGCUUGUAUUUCUUCAUGAUUCACAGUAUACCCUGAUCAACAUAUUUCUAAUCUGUCUUCCAGACUUCGAAACAGCUAGUGGUUUGAUUUUCCAUUAUUUUCAGUGAUCUUGGCCAGUCAGUUCAUAUUUGUAUCAAUGUGAUGUUUUCAAGGGAAAAAUGUAUGCUAUUGAAGAAGCUUCCAUUUCUGCAAACCUUAUGCCAAGAUCUGUAUGAUGUGGAUUUGAAAGAUGAAGCCAAUUUAGCUUACAACAGGAUUAGAGGACAAGUAGUAUCUUGGCAGCUGAUCGGACCAAAGCAGAGUCAGACGUCAGAAGAGUCAGGAGGCUUUAAACUUGGUUUCUUAGAAAGUUUUUUUUUUUAAAGAAAAGAACUGCUUCAGCUCAGGUUGCAUGUGAACUCUAUUGCUUUCGUUUCUACCCUUUAAAACUCUACUGAAAACAUCUAUUCAAAAUUAAUGAUCCGAAGCUACUUCAUGCGCAAGAUAAGAGAAGGGAUUGUAGAUGUUUAAGAUUCAAUUUCAGAUUUUAUGGAUGCCACUUAAAAUUUAUAGCAUAAGAUUUUACUCAAAAUAUUAGUUGCAGCUGGCAACAGGUGGGGGGAAAUAGUCCCUUGUAUUUUGUAGUAUACAAGAAACCAAGGAUUGUUGUGAUUGUGAUUCGUGACUGAGAAUGUAAUGAUUGAGAAAUUGAUUGAGACUACUAUAGCUGGCAAUAGAAUAAAAAUUUGAUACUCUUAUUACAGGAA